GUUUUAAAUAAAGUUUUGCGUCACACUUACCGACCAAAGUUUUUAACCUACAAAACCGGCGUCCACCAGUUCCAUUCAUGCAAGGGGAUGAUUGUUGUUCAUGACGAACAAUACUUUCUGCUCUUGGAGUCUUUGGAGUUUGUCAGCACAAUGAAGGUCACGCCCCCAGCACCUGAGCAGGAGGUCGCUGUGCGCUCCUUCACCUGCAGCCACUUGAGCCCCGGCAGAAGGAGAGGAUGGACCCCAAGAUCUUUUUUCUGUGGCUCCUUUUGGGGCCCGCAGCUGCUGAGCUGCCCCUGUGCAAAGAGUCGGAUUAUCACUACGAGUACACAGCCUGUGACGUGCUGGGAUCUCGAUGGAGGGUGGCUGUCCCCAACAAGGAGAACACAUGCACGGGCCUUCCCGACCCAGUCAGAGGCACUCAGUGCACCUUCUCCUGCAGUGAAGGCGAGUUUCUCAACAUGCAGACGCAGAAGUGUCAGAAGUGCGCGGCCGGCACCUUCUCCCUGGGCACGGGCGUGGCCUUCGACGAGUGGGACAGUCUGCCGGCGGGUUUUGUCACCCACGGCAUGAACACGGACGGCGGGAACGGCCACACCAACUGUUCCAAUUCAACCUGGACUCCGAAGGGAGAUUAUGUGGCGUCCAACACGGACGAGUGCACGGCGACGCUCUCUUACGCUGUGAGCUUGAAGAAGCCAGGAACAGUCUCAUUCCAGUACUUUUACCCCGAUAGCAGCAUCUACUUCGAGUUCUUUAUCCAGAACGACCAGUGCCAGUCAACAGACUCGGACAGUCGGUGGAUGAGCACCACAGAUGACAACUGGAAGACCUACAAGGUUCAGUUGAAUACCGGCAACAACGUCCUGUACUGGAGGACCACGUCCUACUCCGUGCUGGGCAACAGAAUCAAACCUGUGCUCUUAAAGGACGUCAUCAUUUCAGGCGUGGCUUUCACAUCCGAGUGCUUUCGCUGUAAACCUGGAACACACAGCGCCAAAGAAGGAUCGUCGCGCUGUGCACCCUGCCCUGCUGACACCUUCUCCACCAGAGGUGCCACCGUGUGCCACCAGUGUGACCAGGACAAGUAUGCAGAGUCGGGCUCCGGGAGCUGCAAACAAAGACCACCGUGCACGACAAGCGACUACUUCUACACACACACACCAUGUGACUCUCGGGGGCAGACUCAACUCAUGUACAAGUGGAACGAGCCCAAGAUCUGCAGCGAGACGGUGAAAAAAGCAGUGAAGCUUCCUGCUUCAGGAGAGAAGCAGACCUGUCCACCGUGCAACCCCGGAUUCUCCUUUACCAACUCGUCCACCUGCGAGCCCUGCAGGGACACUUUCUUCUCUAACGGGACAGUCUGUCGAAAGUGCCCCGUGGGCACAGAGCCGGUGGUGGGCUUUGAAUACAAGUGGUGGAACACCAUGCCCAGCAACAUGAAGAGUUCCAUCCUGCGGUACGAGUUCAGCGAUGUCGACCACGGCACAGCCUGGGAGGUUGCUGGAGAGUAUAUCUACACCACGGCGGGGGACAGAGACUCAGACCGAUUCCUGCUGAAACUCUCCGUCCCUGGAUACAGAGAUAAAGACGAAUAUUCGCAGAUCAGUUUCGUCUUCAAGACAACCUGUUCAGCCGACUGCUCUUUUUCAUUCUUGGCGGGUUUCAGCCAGUGGAACAAUGCGCUGGUGGAGCAGUGGAAAGGCACCGUCCGAAAACAGUCGUACUCAUACGUGAUUCCCAACAACAACACCGUCACCUUCAUGUGGUCGUUCAAGAGAACUGAGGAGUUCAGCACAUCGCCGUGGUGUCGCUCCGCCCCUCAGGUGAGGAAGUACAGCGCUGACUCUGCCAAGAUCUUCUCCAUCAGUAUCACUAACGUGAUCGGCGGCGUGGCCACUGACUGUCGGCGCUGCGCCCUGGGCUCCGGCUCCUUCUGCGUCCCCUGCCCGCCAGGUCAGUACAUGGCCAGCGAGACGGGUGUCUGCCGGAGCUGCCCGCCGAACUCUAUCGUCAGAGCUGAGCAGCUAGUUGGAAAGAGUGCUUGCGUCUCGUGCGGCCCGAACACCAGAAGCAACCAGGACCACACAGCUUGUCAGAGCGACUGUAUUCUGGACGUCCUGGCGCAGGACAGGACGCCGCUGCGCUACGACUUCUCUCCUCUGGCCAAGGCCACUGGUUUCCGCAGCAGCCCACGUUUCACCAGCAAAGGCCUGCGCUACUUCCACCACUUCAACGUGGCGCUGUGUGGGACCAAGGAUCGAGCACUGGCCACCUGUGUGAACAACGUCACUGAAGCCAAGAGAGAGGUCAAAGGUUACGUGUGCCAGUCGACGGUGGUGCCAUCUGACAUACGGAGCCAAAGCAUGGUGUCGUCGCAGCCUGUCGUGAUCGGAGACUCCCUCGUCGGUGUGACAACUGACACCAGCCUGGAGGGCCUCUCCUCUCCUCACUGGCUCUUUCCCUCUGCGCCAGGCCUGCCCGAUGUCAUCUUCUAUUACAGGUCCAGUGAAGCAACUCUGGCUUGCCAACAAGGCCGGUCCACCACCGUCAGACUGAGAUGUGAGCCCACGAUGGCAGCAACAGACCACCUGCAGCUUCCACACAACUGUUCUGAGGGCACGUGUGACGGUUGCACUUUCCACUUCCUCUGGCUGAGUCAGCACGCGUGUCCACUCUGCACCAAAGAGCACUACAGGGAGAUCGUCAGCGCCUGUGUGCAGGGGAUACAGAAAACCACCUACGUGUGGCACCAGCCUCAGCAGUGUCACGGCGGUGUUGCUCUCCCGGCUCAGACCAUCUCCACAUGUGUGACCCUCGACUUCUGGCUGAAGUUUGGCGUCAUCACUGGGACCAUUGCUGCCGUGCUCCUGAUCACCGUCAUCUGCUACUUUUGGAAGAAGACACGCAAGCUGCAGUACAAGUACUCCAAGCUGAUGAUGGACGCGGGGGGCAAGGAGUGCGAGCUGCCCACUGCAGACAGCUGUGCCAUUAUGGAGGGAGAAGAUGCUGAAGAUGACCUUGUUGACCUCACCAAGAAGACCUUCUUUACCAAAAUUCGAACCUUCUCUCGAGAGAGAACCUCAGAUGGAUUUGAUUCGGUUCCUCUGAAGACGUCACACCAGCACUUGGAUCUAGAAGAUUCUGAGGAUGACAUUUAGAAGGAAGGAAAUUAAUAUAUUGUCACAUAUGCUUCUUCACAAAGGUCAAGUGGAGGCUCCUGUUUUGCUCUAUUUUCAAUGUGAAUGCCGAAAAUGUUACUGUUGUGACAAAUCCAAAAAGAUAUCAAAGAUAGUUUUAUUACAUUUAAUAUUAGUAUUUGAAUAAUGAAAAAUGGUUCCAUGUUUAUGUGCCAUGUGUUUUUCUCUGUGACCUUCACUGUCAGACGAAAAUGCUUUUUGUUAUUUUGUAAAAUGUUUUUGCUAUGGUCUUUUUUAGGCUUCAGUCACCAGUUGUGUGCGUGCUAUAUGUAUCUUGCUUUUUUUUUUUUUUAACAAUAAAAGCCGACUAUUUGUGCGCUUUUAC